AUGGCCUCCAAACUCCUCGAGAUACUGAUGCACAUCAUCCAACCUCUGUAUUUCCUACUCGUCUCCGCAUCCUAUAUCCCAACCACCAUCUUCCAUCUCCUCAUCGCUGGCGACUUCAACACCCUGUUCUCGCUAUCCCUCUUCAAAGAUGCCUGGUUCGCCAACUUCUGGGGCCGCGUCGGGCCCGAGGCUCGAGAGAUGUGUGCUCCUCGAGCAGGACCUCUGAUUGAGUCAGCACACGGCAUCGUGCUCGACAUUGGUCCCGGGAGCGGAGAGUGGUUGAAGUUAUUCGACAAGAGCAAGGUGACGCGGAUUCUUGGCGUAGAACCAAACCGAGAUCAUCACGCUGCGUUGAAGAAGAGGAUCCAGGAAGCGGGUCUGGAAGGGAUCUACGAGAUUGUUCCUGUCGGGGUGGAGGAUUUGGGGAGUAAGUGGGUUGGGGAAGGGGAGGUUGAUACUGUUGUCACGAUUCAGUGUCUUUGUAGCGUUGAUGAGCCGAGGAAGAUGAUUGAUGAGUUGUAUGGGUAUCUGAAGGAAGGGGGUAUUUGGGUGCUUUAUGAGCAUGUGGUGGCUUUUGAGCAUCAGGGGAUGAUGAUUAAGGGGUAUCAAUCGGCCAUCGAUAUCGUGUGGCCGCAUUUUAUAGGCGGUUGCUCGAUCACGCGGGAUACAGGGAAGUGGAUGAGGGAAGCGGGAAACUGGUCGAAGGUUGAUUUGUAUCAGCCAGAUGAUGAGCCAAGUUAUAAUGUUCUUCCACAUGUAAUGGGGACUCUCACGAAAUGA